UGACCCGUUCAGAUGACUAUUGGCAGGCUCAAACGUAGGAAGAAGUUUGGCAAAACUAAGUUUGAACUCUCUCGGUGUUUUAAGGUUGCUUUUGGUAACAAAUAACUUUGAAAAUGUCUUCUUUUAUUCUCUGUGGUCCGAAAUUGGCAGCAUGUAUGCUGGUGUUGAGCAUGUGGGGAGUCAUUAUGCUGGCAAUGCUGGGGAUUUUCUUUACCAUUCAUUCGGCAGUGCUGAUUGAGGAUGUGCCUUUAAAGGAGGAAGACCACCAUGACACUCAGAACCCACUGCAGAAUGUUUAUGCUACCUACAACCAGAUUGGCUAUAACUGCUUCAUCGCUGCAGCAAUCUACGUGGUCAUUGGAUUUGUAUCAUUCGUUCAGGUCCGACUAAAUAAGCGCAACGAUUAUCAAGUGCGUUAGCGCCAUCUGGUGGGUGAAGAAAUAUGUACUCCUUGAAAGUGAUUUUAUUGUACUACUAAAUCUGAUUCAUUUACAGAUGUUUUAAUCAUAUAACAGACGGAAAUUGUUGUUGAUAUGUAAGCUGUAAUCAGAGCCAAAAUGUUGUGUUUUAACGGUGCCUUUUCUCUUUGUAAAGCUUUCUCAGGUUUAGAUCUUUAAACAAAAAAAAGCCUCAAAGUGAGAUUGAUAUUUAUGAUAUGAGGAUUGAUGUAUUUUAUUAAUAUUGUUCCUUCUGUACAUUUUGGCACCAACUUUACUGUAGACCAAAUGCUUUAUGAGCAUUUUUUCAUGAGUUUACAAAAAAAUGUGCCUCUGUUUGGUUGACCGAACCGAAUUUAAAAAUUGCAUACUAACAUAUUUGAGUAAAAGUUACAUAUACAUACAAAGUAGAAAUAACCAUUGUCCUUAGUUAUUUAAAGAAAUAAACAUUUCUGUAAUUCUU